AAAGUAAAAUGAUUAUUUUACUUACUCUAUGACUGACACACUUAACCUAAAAUGCCGACUAGAAAACCAACGCAUUCAACUAAUAAUAUAAUUUGUAUUUUCUGAAAGUAUUUACCUGAGGGCCAGUUUUAUACUGACGACCAAGUCCCUAUUUCAGUACGUGUCUCUCAGCAUUAAUCGGAUUUCGAAUUAUGUGAAUGUAAAUUAGUCACAUUUUCUGUGAGAGUUGUCCACUUUCCUCAGCUAAUCAUGGAGAACGAAGGAUUUUUGUGUUGUGAAGUGAACGUGCAAUGGCUAAACAAGCAAGGCAUUAUUCAAAGAAAAUUGACCAACAAGCGUUCAAACUUAAGGAUACUUCGUAGCAACAGCCAGAUAGUUAUUGAAAUUGUAGCUGACAAAGCAGCUCCUGUAAAAUUCCAAUUCGGCAAAGAUGUGCAGGUUCAUAACAAGUUUAUGCAGGAGGGAAAAUCAUCCAUUAAGUUUCCUGCAGAAAAUGCCACCUUGUUUCUCUCUAAUGCCCCACCAGAACAGCUAAGAUCGUUUCUAAAAAUUUUAUUUAUUAAAAUGGCUAAUGAGAAACCCGAGUGCCCACGCAGUGCCUCAUUGCGAGCUCAAGUGUUGGGGCACACCUCAAACAAGUAUCAGGAGAUUUCGCCUAUCACUAACAGUGAACUGCAGACAGCGUUUAAAAAAGCGAAUGGCAAGAGCACUGAUACAACUCCAUCGCCAUUGGCAGGCAAGAAAAGGAAACUUGAAAGAACAAGUGGAGAUAGAGCUCCAGCUGCAAAAAAAUUGUAUUCUGAAACUCCAAUCGCAAGUCAGUCUUUGAAUUUAGAGCAGAAGGAAGUGCUUAGUGCUUGUCUGGCCGGAAAAAACGUUUUUUUUACAGGCAGUGCUGGCACUGGCAAGAGCUACUUGCUGAAAAAGAUCAUAGGGGCUCUACCUCCAGACGUGACUGUUGCCACUGCAUCAACAGGGGUAGCAGCUUGUCAUAUAGGGGGAAUUACUCUGCAUCAGUUUGCCGGGAUUGGGAGUGGCGAUGCGACUAUUGAAAGAAGCUUGGAGCUGGCUUCCAAACCUCCAGCAGUGACUUUGUGGAGGAAAUGCAAGCACUUAAUUAUAGAUGAAAUUUCUAUGGUGGAUGGACAUUACUUUAAAAAAAUUGAAAAGGUGGCCCGUACCGUACGUAGAAAUGAAAAACCGUUUGGAGGUAUUCAGCUGAUUUUAUGUGGAGAUUUCUUUCAACUACCUCCCGUAACAAGAUCGUUUCGUGACCAAAAGACAGCAUCUUCAAACUUCUGUUUCCAAACGAAACCGUGGGUCAAUUGCAUGCUCAACACGUACGAACUGAAGCAAGUGCAUAGGCAGACCGAUCAUAAAUUCAUCAACAUUUUAAACAAAAUUAGAAUAGGGAAAGCGGACGAUGAUGUGGUAAAUGCUCUUACUGCUACUUCAAAGCAAAAAAUUGAGAAAGACGGGAUAUUAGCCACUAGGCUGUGCUCACACACUAAGGAUGCCGAUAUUAUCAACGAAUCCAAAAUCCGAGCACUAGAAGGGGAGUGCAAACUGUUUGAAGCCCAAGAUUCAGUGCCAGGCACAAGCAAGCAAUUGGAUUCACAAACGUCAGUUCCAGAUCGACUGGAAUUAAAAAUUGGAGCGCAGGUUAUGCUGUUAAAGAACAUUAACGUAGCAGCCGGCUUGGUAAAUGGAGCCCGCGGUGUGGUAAAAAGUUUUAGAGACGGACUUCCCCUUGUACAGUUCCGAAAUCGGAAAGAAUAUCUAGCCCGACGCGAAAAAUGGAUUAUCAAAACUGGAGGUGGAGCUUCAUUGACAAGGAUGCAAGUGCCGUUAAGGUUGGCCUGGGCAUUUUCAAUCCACAAGUCUCAAGGAUUAACCCUAGAUUGCGUCGAAAUGUCCCUGGGAAGAGUCUUUGAAGCAGGCCAAGCUUACGUAGCCUUAAGCCGAGCUCAGAGCUUGGAAGGUUUAAGGGUUUUGGAUUUUAAAUCAAACCAAGUGUGGGCAAAUCCGGACGUGCUAGCAUUUUAUAAAACAUUGGAUCGAAUAAAGCUAGUUCCGUUGGGCGCACCGGAAAAGUCGACAACGAAGAAAGCCAAAGCCAAUAAAGCGAACAUAGGCAGGCUGAAUUCGAAGGCUGCUAAGGAAAAGCCAAUUUUAACUAUUUGCUAGCCAAACUAAGAACGGGAAUGGGUGAGGUUUAUUGCCAGAACAGAUGCAACAACAUGACCGCCUAAUUAUUUAUAUAUAUAGUUUUGUAACGAAUUAUUCAAUUAUGUUUAUACCUUAAUUGCAAUAAUAUUGAAACUGAUGAUGCGGUUUGACAUACUGUAAAUUUGA